UUUUAAUUGCUUGCUUUCUUUAAAUUUAUAUUUUACUGUUAAAUUUUGUAUCUUUAUAGUGUUCUCUUGUUGAUUUUGGAAGAAAAAUGAAUGGUGGGAUGUAUUUCAAUUGCAUCCAGGAUAUUUAGAUAAUGACUUAGAUUGAAUUUACAUCAAAGUUUAGUUUCUUAUAUGUAUGGAUAAUCAUUGGUAAAUUUGGAUUCUUUACUUCUUGCUAAUAAACAUAGUAUCAGACAAAAUAAAUUUUGAAGCAUGUGAAGUGAUCUGUCUAUCUGAAAAAUGGUCUCCUCUGCCACUUUACAGACAAAUGGUAAACUGGUACGGAUAUUAUAUCUCCCCACUUAUCAAAUUCAGUCAUGAUUAGUCGAUCUAGUUUAUUCUUCUCCAAUUGCUUCAUUUUGGAUUCAGUAAUCAUCAAAAGUUAUUGGAUAGAAUCUAAAAAGGACCGAAUUCUGUAGUUUUAGAAGACUGAACGAAAGAACAAAAAUGGCAUUGGCCGCAACGCCAAAAGUAAUUCUAGGUUCUAUUGCCUUUGGAAUUUUCUGGAUAUUGGCAGUUUUUCCCUCUGUUCCUUUUCUACCAGUUGGAAGAACUGCAGGUUCUCUCUUAGGAGCUAUGCUUAUGGUUAUUUUCCGAGUAAUAACCCCGGAUCAAGCAUAUGCUGCAAUUGAUCUUCCAAUUCUUGGCCUUCUGUUUGGAACAAUGGUUGUGAGUGUUUAUCUUGAAAGAGCAGAUAUGUUCAAAUACUUAGGUAAAUUGCUGUCAUGGAAAAGCAAGGGACCUAAGGAUUUAGUUUGUCGAAUUUGUUUGAUUUCUGCGAUUUCUAGUGCUUUUUUCACUAAUGACACCUCUUGUGUUGUUUUGACUGAGUUUAUAUUGAAAAUAGCCCGGCAACAUAAUCUGCCUCCUCAUCCGUUCUUACUAGCACUUGCCUCAAGUGCAAAUAUCGGGUCAUCUGCUACUCCCAUUGGUAACCCUCAAAACUUGGUUAUAGCUGUUCAGAGUAAGAUUUCUUUCGGGAGAUUCCUAUUCGGAAUUCUCCCUGCAAUGCUUGUCGGAGUUGUUGUGAAUAUUAUAAUUAUAUUGUGUAUGUACUGGAGAUUGUUGUCUUCUACUCCGAAGGAUGAAGAAGAUGCUAGUGUAGAAGUUGUUGCAGAUGCAGAUGUAAGUUGUCAUAGAUUUUCGCCUGCUACUAUGUCACAUUCUGCAUAUUUGGAUUCUCCUGUGAACAUACAAAGCUCCCCUACUAUUAAUGGUCUCACUAACCAUGCUGAUACACUAAGAAACCGAAUAAGUUCGGCUGAUAGUGAAAUCCACAAUGUCUCUAGCAGUAAUUUUGAGUCUGCAAGGGAUUCAAAUGCAUCAAAAGAGGUAACAACUGAUGGAUUAUCUCCAAAAAGGGACGGCAUUGCUCCUUCAAAGAAGAUAGCUUCUACGGAUUCGUUGAGAGACGCGUACACUGAAGAAUUUCCAGGAGAAAAGGAAGAAAUUUCUGUGAAAUGGAAAAGGAUUUUGUGGAAGUCAUGUGUUUACAUUGUUACCGUCGGCAUGCUGGUUGCUUUGCUUAUGGGUCUGAACAUGUCAUGGACUGCAAUUACUGCUGCACUGAUUCUUGUUGUUCUUGAUUUCAAGGAUGCUAGGCCAUGUCUUGAGAAGGUUUCAUAUUCGCUUUUAAUAUUCUUCUGUGGAAUGUUCAUCACGGUUGAUGGAUUCAAUAAAACUGGAAUUCCAAGUGCUCUGUGGGAUUUUAUGGAGCCUUAUGCAAAGAUGGACAGUGCAGCUGGUAUAGCAGUUCUUGCUGCAGUCAUACUAGUCCUCUCAAACUUGGCCUCAAAUGUACCAACCGUUCUGUUGCUCGGAGGUCGGAUAGCAGCGUCAGCCGCUGCGAUUUCGGCAGCUGAUGAGAAAAAGGCAUGGCUAGUGUUAGCUUGGGUAAGUACUGUAGCUGGCAAUUUUUCACUACUCGGAUCAGCUGCAAAUUUGAUAGUGUGCGAACAGGCUCGACGUGCUCCGCAGUUUGGGUAUAACUUAACAUUUUGGAAGCAUCUUAAAUUUGGUGUUCCCUCUACUCUUUUAGUCACUGCUGUUGGUUUGAUACUUAUAAGAUGAGAUGAUACCAAUUCAUGUGCUCCAGUAUAUAAUCGUUCAUAAUCAUGCAUAUUUUUUAA